UACACAUAAACAUUGAGAAAACACAUUUCCUCGAUUAGAUAUAAAUUAUCCGAGUAGAAUUAAAGUGCAACGUCAUGACCUUCAACAUUGUAAAUGGCGGACGUAACAUUCAACCCGCGUUCAAUUAAAAGCUUGCGAUUCAAAUUGCAAGUAAUGGUGAUUCAGUAGUGGAGAAAGCUUUAACUGGAUUUAACAAACAUUUGAUAAGGUAAAUCUGUUGCCAAUCAAUCACCAGUAAUACCUGCAUACUAAUGGACGCUGGAGAAUGCAGUCCCAGCUUGCAGGACUGCAGCAUGGUUCACAGACCUGUUGGAGACUUGUUUGCGCCAGUAACGGACGUCGAUGAAUGGCAGUCGUUCAUGCUGAGUCUGUCCCAGAUAGAACAGUUCCAGAGAGAUGGCUUCCUGCUGAAUGUCCCUGUACUGACACCAGACCAGUGUGACAAAAUACUUGCUGACUACAAGUACUUUCUGGGUGAAGAAAAGCACCCAGGCAUGGAGAUGUUGUAUGAAUACCAUAGCAACCAGAGUGGUGACCCUGACAACGUUCUGAUGCACGCUCUGGGUCAUUGGAGGCUUACAAAACAUUUCCAUGACCUGGUGUUCCUUCCAAACGUUGUGGUUCCUGUGUCUCAGCUGUUGGACCCAGGAAGGAUGUCCUCUGUACGCUUCUGGCAUGAUCAGCUGUUUGCCAAGCCUCCAUUCCACGGGGGUAAUGUAGCUUGGCAUCAGGAUUACUCCUACUGGACCAGGACAACACCUAUGGCCCACCUUACUGUUCACAUAGCCUUAGAUGACCAGACAGAGGAGAACGGUGGCCUACACUACAUACCUGGCUCACAUAGAUGGACUCGAGAUGAUGGCAAGCCUUUGCCAGUGACUGAUUUUAGUUUCAAGGAUAUGGAAUCCAUAAAAACCAUCCUAACCGAGGAAGAAAAGGAUGGUUUCCGACCUGUUUGUGGAAAUCUAAGGAAGGGAGAAGCAAGCUUUCAUCAUGCUCUUGCUGUGCAUGGUUCUUAUGGAAACAGAUCAGAUAAGCCACGUCGAGCUGCAGUACUCAACUACUUCAAAGACGGUGUGUGCUCCAACACGGACGGAGAAAUCCUCAAAGAUAUUUGUGUGCCUAAGGGGUCAAAAAUGGAUGGCCAGUUCUUUCCAUUGGUGUUUGAUCCAGAGUGCAUGCCUUUCAAUGAAGCUUCAAAAUGAACAUAAACAUGGAAUAUUAUAUUGGACAUUAUUGGUUACAUAUGAUACAAGACACUAAUGUCUCUAAAGUACCUAUUUGAUAGCAAUGUUAGUACACUAUUUAUUGAAUUUUCAUACCUAUUUGACUGAUUGUUUUAUCAUACUGAUUAUAUUGUUAUUGUGUAUUGUAUUCACAUGUUGAAAAAGGCCUAAUGUUUUUGAAUGUAAUAUUUAAUAUAAUGGUAGUAACUUUAUUUAAAGUGUCAUAUUGUUAUAAUGUUGCCUUCAAUAGUGUUUUAUUUAAACAUAAAAUUAUAUGUUUGUGCAUUUAUGAUUUUUUAUCACACUGUUUUCAUAUUAAUAAACUCUAAGAAAGAUAUUCAUUGUGAUAAGUAUACAAUGUUGUUCUUUGACCCUUUGCAGGCCUUGGAAAUUCAGAAGACAUAUUUUAUAAAGGACAAUUAAAUACCACUGUGCAAACCUCAUGCUAUUGAUAACAUUGAAUUCUUGUCUGUAACAUUCUCUUGGAUUGUCUUGACAUGCUUACAAAUACAAGUGUUACCAUGUAUAGAAAAACAAUGGUUCGGUAUUGUUCUGUCUCAACGAUUCCGUCAUUUAUUCGUGAAAAUAAAUAUGAAUUUGAA